AUGCCCGCCGAGCUCGCGACAAGUCGGCGGAGUCUGAACGGGAAAUGCCGAGGGCACCCGAGAGCUGCCCUUUCUGCCAAUUGCCUGGAGUCAAGUGGGGAAAUGGCUGAACGAGGCCAGCGCGUCAGGGGUCUUCUGAUUCAUCGCCCGAUUGUCUAUGGAAACACUGCGAUUGUGCUCACUCCCAUUGAGCGCGAGUCGCUCAGCACGCCGGACCACACCCACCGUUGGACUGUCGCAGUUCGCAGCGCGGCGUCCCCGCCUGGCGCCGACAUGGUAGGCGGCGGCGACGACCUUACCUACUUCAUCAAACGCGUCACGUUCAAGCUACACGACACCUAUACCAACCCGACACGGCAUAUCGACAAACCCCCGUUCGAAGUGUCAGAAACAGGCUGGGGCGAAUUCGACAUCCAAAUCCGCAUCCAGUUCAUUCCCGAAGCAGUCGAGAAACCUGUCGUCUUCUACCACCAUCUCAAGCUGCACCCAUGGACGCCCCACGUCCUGGGUGCACCAUCUGCUCCGCUUCCUCCGCCUCCACUCGAGGAAGCCGCGCGUAUGGGACCAGUGCAUUCGUGGCAAUACGAUGAAAUCGUCUUCCACGAGCCAUACCAAGCCUUCCUCGACAUACUAACCGACCAUCCUCCGACCCCUCUGCCCAAAGCCCGUAAUAGAGUUGUACCCUUCCACGUGGUCCCCGAACCGGGCUUGAAUGCAGGAGGCGCGGGCACUGGAGGUGUGCCAGAGUUCACAACGACAAUGGAGAAGGAGGAAUACGACAGACUCGAGAACGCCAAGAAGCAAAUUCUGGCCGAGCAAGAACACUGGAAAAAGCUGCUUUUGGAGAAGGAGAAAGAGUUCCAAAAGCUUCAAAAGCAAAUCGACGCGUAGUAAUUGACGAUUCCGAAUUUCUCCUUCCUAUGCUACAGUGUAUCAGUACGUAUGCUACAAUUCAAUUAUCUCAAUUGUUCCCAGAAUCAA